AUGGCUACACCAAUGAACGAUGAAAAUAUUGAAAAAAUUCUUGAACCAUUCCGAGCAGCAGUUAAAGUUCAAGGCGAUCUUGUUAAACAAAUGAAAGAUAGUAAUGUAAACAAAGAGGAUGCGGAUUUUAAACAAGCUUUAAAUGAACUUAAAAUACGAAAAAAAGCACUCGAGGAUCAAAUUACAAAAUGUAUGCCAAAAGAAGAAAGUAUUGAUCGAUUAAAAAUGGAAGAUUUACUUAAACGAAGAUUUUUUUAUGAUCAAUCAUUUUCAAUCUAUGGUGGUGUUAAUGGUCUUUAUGAUUAUGGUCCAAUGGGUUGUGCAAUAAAAGCUAAUAUGUUAGCAGAAUGGCGUCGACAUUUUAUUCUUGAAGAACAAAUGCUCGAAGUCGAUUGUUCGAUAUUAACACCAGAAAUCGUUCUCAAAGCAUCAGGUCAUGUUGACCGAUUCGCUGAUUUUAUGGUUAAAGAUGUUAAAACAGGUGAAUGUUUUCGAGCCGAUCAUUUAAUUGAAGCUCAUCUUGAAAAAUUACUUAAAGCAAAAGAUAUAACUAGUGAAAAGAAAGCUGAAAUUGAACGUUUAUUACCACAGAUUGACAAUAUGAAAGGACCAGAUAUGCAAAGAGUAAUUGAACAAUACAAAAUGAAAUCGCCUAUAACCAAUAAUGAUCUAUCAGAACCUGUUUCUUUUAAUUUAAUGUUUGCUACUUUGAUUGGUCCAACUGGUCAAUUAAAAGGUUUUCUUCGACCAGAAACGGCUCAAGGCAUGUUUGUCAAUUUCAAACGUUUAUUAGAAUUUAAUCAAGGUCGUUUACCAUUUGCUGCUGCUCAAAUUGGUAAUUCAUUUCGAAAUGAAAUUUCACCACGUUCAGGUUUAAUUCGUGUUCGUGAAUUUACUAUGGCUGAAAUAGAACAUUUCGUUGAUCCAACUGAUAAGAGUCAUCCAAAAUUUGAAACUGUUGCCAAUCUUGAAAUUCAAUUAUAUUCUGCAUCAAAUCAAAUGAGUGGUGAAUCACCUCAAUUAGUACGUUUAGGUGAUGCUGUUCGUACAAAAUUAAUUAAUAAUGAAACUCUUGGUUAUUUUAUUGGUCGUAUUUAUUUAUUUAUGACCAAAGUUGGUAUUGAUAAAACUCGAUUACGUUUUCGUCAACAUAUGAGCAAUGAAAUGGCUCAUUAUGCAUGUGAUUGUUGGGAUACAGAAUGUAAAACGAGUUAUGGUUGGGUUGAAUGUGUUGGUUGUGCUGAUCGAUCAUGCUAUGAUUUAACACAACACACUAAAUUUAGUGGUGAACGUCUUGUUGCUGAAAGACCAUUACCAGCACCCAAGAAAAUAGAAGUUAGUGAAGUACAAGCACAUGCAAAUGUUAUUGGUAAAACAUUUGGUAAAGAUACAGGUGUAAUAACGCAACAUUUACAAAAAUUAUCUCAUGAUGAUGCACGAACUUUACAUGACAAACUUGAAAAAGGCGAUGAAAAAGUUACAAUUGAUGGUAAAGAAUAUAGUAUAACAAGAAAAAUGUUUACAUUUCGAACAUUUGAAAAAACAGUACAAGUCGAAGAAUAUGUUCCAUCAGUUAUUGAACCCUCAUUUGGUAUUGGUCGCAUAAUGUAUGCUAUGUGGGAGCAUAACUUUCGAAUUCGACCGGAAAGUGAACAACGAACAUAUUUUACAUUACCACCAUUAAUUGCACCCUAUAAAUGUGUUAUUUUACCAUUGAGUGGAAAUGAAGAAUUUAAACCAUUCGUUAAAGAUAUUUCUGCUCUUUUAACACACAGUGGUAUUACUCAUAAAAUCGAUACAAGCAGUGGUAGUAUUGGCCGACGUUAUUCACGUUCAGACGAAAUAGCUAUACCAUUUGCAAUUACAAUUGAUUUUGAUACACUCCAACAACCGUAUACAAUCACAUUACGUGAACGUGAUACAUUUAAACAAAUUCGUGCUAAAAUUGAUGAAAUAACAAAUAUUCUUCAAGGCCUUUCAAGCGGUACAAUAACUUGGGGUGAAGUAUGUUCGCAUUAUCCAGAAUUUAUUGAACAACAAACAACCCACGCACAACAAUAA